GUUUUCUUCUACACCUACAUUCCGUUUUUUGCUUCCGUGCUGCAUUCCCGACAUUAGCUGUUUUCAUUCUUGUCCUCCAGCUUUGGUGUCCUUUCGCCUUGGUUAUACUGACGCGUGCACGCGCGUUCUGCAAAGCACUUUUAUUGUAAACACCUUGAAUUCCCUUUGCUUUUUCCGCGAAUGCUUCCGACAAAACGGCAGUUCAGGUCAGUCACGUAUACACGCGAGAGCGAAAUACACCAGCUCUCGUACAGUAUUCCGGAGGGCCUGCCACACGAAGAGCUGUUUACGCCCGAAGGCAUUCCGAUCGUACAGCCGGUAGCCAAGCGUCCGCGACUCGUGUUUGAGUUUGCUGGCGGCCUUACGCAUCAGGAUCCGUCGGGGGACUCGACACCAGACGACUCAGUCGUUCGUAAUGUCACGGUGGACAACGACCACCUCAAGCAUUUGCUAGAAACGCAGUGCGCCGAGAAUAUCAUUGAGCAGAUCGCAGCCCAGGUACCAAACACGCCGGUCAUCGAGCAGCCAGAGACCUCAGAUGCUGAAGAACCAGCAGAUCACACUGCGGGUGAGUUGUCGCUAGAAGGGUGCGAGGAGACUGGACAAUUCCGGAAGUUGAGCUGCUGGAGAUCAAGUGCCACUAUUGGCGAAGAGUCGGACCUGGAUGCAGCCUGCAGCAGCCACCGUUCUGGAUGUCGUGGCACUGAGCUAUCAGAAGCCAAUGGGCCUGGAUUUGAGUAUUUUGAUACACAGGAAGCAGACGACAGCCGCUGCUCAGAGGCACCAGAGCAAGGGGAGGCAGCAGAAGAGGGGGAGGAUGACAGAGAUGAGAAUGAAGACGGGGAUGACAGCAUCUCUGAAGAGAUCGAGGAACUGAAGGGCCUGAUACCAGAUGACGAAGCCUCGGGCCGGUUCCGGCGACCCGGGCGGCGGCGGCGAUCGCACAUGGUAGCCAUCAAGAAGAUCUAUGUGACAAGCUCCCCUGCACGCAUCGCCAACGAGAUCGCCAUCCUCAACGACCUGCGCGGCAGCCGGUUCGUUGCACCACUAGUAACCGCUAUGCGCAAGGAUGACCAGGUCAUCGUCGUGUUGCCGUACUUCCCCAAUGACGAUUUCCGCAGCUUUUACAUGACCCUGUCUAUCGAUGAGAUCCGCUGGUACAUGGCGUCGUUGCUUGAGGCCCUCAAGUUUUCACAUCGCCAAGGCAUCAUGCAUCGCGACAUCAAACCAUCGAAUUUCCUCUACGACAUUGGCAGGCGUCAUGGUGUGCUAGUAGAUUUUGGCCUGGCCGAGCGCGAAAAUGACCAGGAGGCAACGAAGCAUCGGUCACGGCAUGCGCUGCAGAUGGACUCGACGACGGCAGCACGCAUAUUCCGCAGCUUUGAUAUGCGCGGACGGCCUGGAAUUCCACGCAAGGAUACACGCCCCGGUCUGCGCGCCAAUCGGGCAGGCACGCGUGGGUUUCGGGCUCCCGAAGUUUUGCUCAAAGUCGCAAAGCAGUCGGUGGCUAUUGAUAUCUGGUCGGCGGGCGUCAUUCUGCUGUGCUUUUUGACGCGCCGAUUUCCAUUCUUCCAGUCUACCGACGACACAGAGGCAUUGCUGGAGAUCGCUGUAUUGUAUGGACGGCUGGAGAUGGAGCGCGCAGCAGUGGCCCUGGGCAGGACGUUCUUGACGAACAUCCCGACCGUCAAGGAUCGCGGGAUUCGAUUUGAAAGCCUGAUCAAGGCGUACAACCUUGAUGGAUUCCUUGUUAUGCCGCCAGAGGCCUACGAUCUGCUACGCAAAUUGCUAGCACUAACACCCGAUAAGCGUAUCACGGCGGCCGAGGCCCUCGAGCACCCGUUUAUCACGAACCGCCCCUUUGACUAGAGCCAUUCCUUUCUUUGUAUGCUACGUCACUCACCCAGUAUCAACAUAUUAGAUCAGCA